AUGGUGCAGCCCGCCACUCUCUCGUGCGACACCGGGACUCACUCAGAUCUUCCGCAGGACGGCCAGGAGGAAGCCGGGCCGCCGCGCCCGCGGAGGCCGCCCGCGUUCUACAGCUCCGUGUUCGCGCAGAUUGAAGAGGUGGGGUGGGGGCGGCUGGCGAGCGCCGCGGGCGACGACGGCGUGUCCUGCCUUGCCUUCCGCGUCCUGCAAUGCAUAUGGUUGUAUUCUGUGAAUUUAUGGCCUGUGGUGUCUCUGAUUGUCAGGGAUGAACAUGGACGGCAACAUUUACUGGAGAUCACACUGCCCAUGAACUACCCAGCAUGUCCUCCUUCAAUCGCAGCGGAUGUUCCUUAUCUCCCUAAAUUACAGUGGUCAAAAAGCUCGAGACUCAAGGAUGUUGUCAGUCAGUUCCAAGAGCACCUGAAGGUAUUGCAAGAUUACUGGUCUACAAUGGAUGACAUCAAUAAGGCCCUUUGUGUUGUUGAUCCGACAAAGCCGGCAUAUGCUAUGUCUCAUCGUCGUAUAGCUUUAGGUGAUGAUUGCUAUAUUUUACUAAAUGUUGAUGCGCAGAAGCCCAGCUCCUUACCAGAGUGCCGCUUCCUGGGCACAGAUGGGAAACUGGAGAGGCUGAUAAAGAAUUGGAGAAAAAAUCGCAAUAGAUGGAGUGCAGACAAAAAGUUCCAUGAAAACCUGGCAACCGUCUUAGAUUUCGCACUGCCGCAACCCCCUUCUAUCAGCAUCAAAGAUGAUCAGCCAGCUGAUUGUGGAAUAUGUUAUGCCACACAUCUGCCAACUGAUGAUGAACUUGGGACUCAAAGUGGAUGUGCGACGGACUACACAUGUGAAAACUCCAGCUGUAGCAGAGCUUUCCAUUCUGUAUGCUUGAGAGAUUGGUUGCGAGCAAUCACUACGACGAGGCAGUCAUUCGAUGUUCUGUUCGGGAACUGCCCUUAUUGCAGUGAGGCUGUUGCUGUGAAGAUAACUGACCGCUAACUUGGCCUCACGUUUGUUUACAAAAUGAGGCACCAAGAUUAUCUCAAUGUUAGCAAGUGAUUGA